AUGUUUUAUACUUCUGAGGAAGUAAAUGCGGUUAAAAUUCCCAACGGAGAGCACUUAUUCGAACUUGAUCCUUGGUUAGAACCGUAUAGGUAUGAAAUCAAACGGAGAUACAAGUGCUUCGAAGAUUAUUACAAGUGGAUAGACAGCGUCGGUGGAAUGGAAUUAUUUACUCAAGGCUACAAAGAGUUCGGAAUCCACUCGGAUCCAGAUGGAACAAUUAAAUGUCGCGAAUGGGCCCCAGGAGCCAAAGCACUUUACCUUCGGGGCGACUUCAAUAACUGGAAUGAGUUUGAGUACCCCUUCGAAAAACUUGAGUUUGGAAAAUGGCAACUUGUUAUUCCACCAACUUCGGGUGAUGGGAAGCCGGUGAUACCGCAUCUCUCAAAGGUGAAGCUUCUGGUAAUUGGACCAGAUGGAGCCAAGCAUGACCGCCUUAGUCCAUGGGCAUCAUAUGUGAAAAACUUUGACAAGAACAUAAUAUAUGACCAAGUAUUCUAUAACCCACCUUCGCGCUACGAAUUCAAAAACCCCCACCCGCCUAGACCAAGGGCUCUGAGAAUCUACGAGACUCAUGUUGGCAUCGCGACAUCGGAGUUGAAGGUCGGCUCCUACCUAGAGUUCAAGGACAAGGUGUUGCCGCGGAUUGUAGACUUGGGAUACAAUUGUAUCCAAUUGAUGGCGGUCAUGGAGCACGUCUACUAUGCCUCCUUUGGCUACCAAGUGACUAACUUCUUUGCCGCUUCUAGUCGCUACGGGACACCAGACGAGUUGAGGGAGCUGGUAGAUGAGUGCCAUCGCCAGGGCAUUAUUGUUUUUCUCGAUGUGGUCCAUAGUCACGCAUCUAAAAACACUGCGGAUGGAUUGAAUCAGUUCGAUGGAACGGACUCUUGCUACUUUCAUGAUCAUGGCAGAGGAGUUCACCAGCUCUGGGAUUCUCGUCUCUUCAAUUACACUGAGUUGGAAGUCCUUCGAUUCCUCCUCUCGAAUCUGCGAUGGUGGAUUGAAGAGUAUGGUUUUGAUGGUUUCCGUUUCGACGGCGUUAUGUCUAUGAUCUACCAUCAUCACGGUCUCAACACCGAUUUCUCGGGAUCUUAUGGCGACUACUUUGGGCUUUCGGUGGAUACAGAGUCGUGGACCUACCUCAUGUUAGCCAAUAGCUUUCUGCACAAGAAGUACCCUUUUGCUAUCACCAUUGCGGAGGAAGUGAGUGGCAUGCCUACUCUCUGCCGUCCCGUGGACGAAGGAGGAGCAGGGUUUGAUUACCGCCUCGCCAUGGCCAUUCCUGAUCUCUGGAUUGCGUUCUUGAAGAAACGCUCGGAUGAAGACUGGGACAUGGGAAAGAUAGUGCACAGCCUGACGAAUCGACGGUGGGGCGAGGCUAACAUCGCCUAUGCAGAGUGUCACGACCAGGCUCUGGUGGGCGACAAAACUAUCUCAUUCUGGUUAAUGGACAAGGAGAUGUACACCCACAUGAGUACUCUCUCUGAUCCCAGUCUCAUUAUUGAUCGUGGCAUCGCGCUGCACAAAAUGAUCCGAUUCAUCACGCACUCGCUCGGCGGCGAGGGGUAUCUCAAUUUCAUGGGCAAUGAGUUUGGUCAUCCGGAGUGGCUGGACUUCCCACGACAGGGUAACAACAGCAGCUACCACUACGCGCGUCGGCAGUGGCACCUUGUCGAUGAUCCUCUACUCAAAUACAAAUUCCUUAAUAACUGGGAUCGUGCCAUGCAACACUCAGAGGAGAAGUACCAUUGGCUCAGCGCUCCUCAGGCCUACGUUAGCAGAAAGCACGAGGACGACAAGGUGAUUGUAUUUGAGCGAGCUGGUGUCCUGUUUGUGUUCAAUUUCCACCCACAAAAGAGCUUUACAAACUACCGUAUUGGCGUAGACAUCCCUGGAAGCUACAAGAUCAUUCUGGACUCGGACAGGGCGGAAUUUGGAGGCUUUAACCGCGUCGAUGAUUCAAUUGCUAUGCCGACCACGGAAGAAGGGUGGGACAAUCGACGCUGCAGCAUGUAUGUCUACAUACCCUCGCGAGUAUGCAUGGCCCUUGCUCUCUACUAG